UCGUAGUUGUACUAAAAGUUCACGUUACAUGCACUUUUCACACUUUAUUAUCUUUCCCUUAUUAAUUUUAAAAUUUGAAUAUAUUUCAUUAUAAUAAAUAAAUAAAUAAAUAUAGUUAAAAUGGACAAAUAUAUAUUUCAUUCAUAUCAUUUAUUGUAUUUCUUUCCAAUUUUAAACAUGACCAAUUUCUUAUGUUUAUCGAUUAACAAAUGUCAUGUCAGCAACGAUUAACCUAAUAAGUAACCUGAUAGGAAGCUGUCACUGACAAUUUGUACUCGUUACAGUUUUACUUUACAAUAAAAGAUUAGUGUUUCAUUUCUGAAAGGAUUAUUAAGUGGAAAAAGAAGCAUGGAUAACUGGGUUUUAUCUAAUCAAAAAGACGAUGAACAGCAAGUUUUAAAGAGCAAGGAGGAUUGUUCUUUUGAUGAAGUGAUUGGACAUAUUGAGGAUUUAUUAUUAGAAAAAGAUUUCCAAACUCUACAAAAAACAUUUUUAGAAAAAUAUUGGAACAUUUUUGAACCAUCGGAAGAAAACAAACUGAUUUAUACUGAUAUUUUCCAUGAAUAUAAUAAAGCUGUGGAGGCAUAUAUUGUCAAUUACCUUCAGAAAGUCAUGCCACAAUUUACUAUAGAUAUCUUGUUACAUCAAUUAAAGUUAUCUAAUACAAUAAAAUUCAGUGAAAAGCAAGCAGAGCUAGAAGGUGAAGUUUUUGAAGUACUGUCAACAAUAACUGACUUUUUGGCUUUUAAAGAAAUGUUUCUCGAUUAUAGAGCAGUAAAGGAAGGAAAAGUUGAAGAUUUGAGCUGUGGAAUAUCAGUUACACCUUUGAAAUCUUACAGUUUAGAUUGCAAUAAUUCACUAAGAUAAUGUACAUGAUUCUACCACUGAGAUACCUUCUAGAAUAAAAAUAGAACAUAUCAGAAAGAAUGUGAUGUCAGAAGUAAUGUAUAUUCAUUAUAUUUAAUAACUGUCAUAUCAAUGACUGUAUAUCUGUAAAAAUUCGUAUUUAUUAUAUCACACGCAUAUAUAUAUAUACAAAGAGAAAUACAAAAAUAAUUAAGAUGCAA